UCCUAUCGUGAACACUACAACCAGCAGCGACAGUUCCAGUCGACACAACACGCGUCAGUCAUGUCUCGCAGUUGCAUCAUCUCUUUGGCGCUGUGCGCAUUGACCGCCUUCUGCUUGCUGCCGGCCUCCAGCGCACAGUACGAAGGUGCGGUGGGCGAGGGCCAGGGCUGGGAGGCGCUGGGUGGGCUGUACGCGCUCCUGGCGCAGCACGAUGCACUCGAUGGCCACGCACUGGCCCGCAAGUCUGUGCGCUCGCCUUCGCGCCGUCUGCGCUUCGGCCGCCGCUCCGACCCUGACAUGCCCGCACAGGCCCCGUUGGACGAGAUGGAAGACCUAGUGAUGCGUGAGGUACGCACUCCGACUGUCCGCCUACGUUUCGGCCGCCGUUCCGAGGAGCACGCAGUGCCUCACAUCUUCCCCCAGGAGGAACAAGACCGUGCAGUGCGAGCCCCCUCUAUGCGUCUUCGUUUCGGUCGCCGCUCCGACAACAAUAUGUUCUUGCUACCCCUAGAGUCGACUCUGCCUAAGGAGGUGAAAGCCAACGGCUCCGUAGAAGACGACAGACAACAGUGAACGUAUCGAUUCUACUAACUAAACAAUUCCCGCAUCUCACCGCUCCAUACUAAAUGUCGCCAGUCUGUUU